AGCUAAGCCAUAGCCGCGGGGCGAGCGCGGCGAGCGAACCCGGGUCUUGGUGAAGAGCGCGGUGUUUAGGCGCGUCCCCCAGCUCCGCGGCCCGAGCAUCCCGCUUCCUUCCCUCCCCUCCCCUGCCUUCCAGCCUGGGGUCUCGGGGCGGGGAGCGGAGGGAAGGGACGAAGGAGGAGGAGGUGAAAGCGGGGUGAGGGGCGGAGGGGUCCCGGCGCGAGGCGAGGCGCGCGCUGCCUUUUGCUCUUCCACCGCAGCCGCAGCCUCUUCGCCGGGUUCUGCGGCUCUGGGGCGCGGGGGACUCCAGGGCGCUCGCACUAUGCAGGCGGACUGCUGGCCGCCGCGAUGGCGAGUCGGGCGGUGGUGAGAGCCAGGCGCAGCCCGCAGUGUCCCCGAGUCCGGGCCGCGGCCGCCGCCCCCGCCCGAGCCGCGCUCCCCCUCUUCUGUUCCCUCCCUCCCGGUUCCAACUCCUCCUUCUCCUCCUCCUCCUCCAUGCCUCUGUCCCUCCUGCUCUUACUUGUUCUGCUCCUGCUGCUGGAGGACGCUGGAGCCCAGCAAGGUGAUGGAUGUGGACACACUGUUUUAGGCCCUGAAAGCGGAACCCUUGCAUCCAUAAACUACCCGCAGACCUAUCCCAACAGCACUGUUUGUGAAUGGGAAAUCCGUGUGAAGAUGGGAGAAAGAAUUCACAUCAAAUUUGGUGACUUUGACAUUGAAGAUUCUGAUUCUUGUCACUUUAAUUACUUGAGAAUUUAUAAUGGAAUUGGAGUCAGCAGAACUGAAAUAGGGAAAUACUGUGGUCUGGGGUUGCAAAUAAACCACUCAAUUGAAUCAAAAAGCAACGAAAUGACAGUGCUGUUCAUGAGUGGAAUCCAUGUUUCUGGACGAGGAUUUUUGGCUUCCUACUCAACUAUAAAUAAGCAAGAUCUAAUUACUUGUUUGGACAAUGCAUCCAAUUUUUUGGAACCUGAGUUCAGUAAAUACUGUCCAGCUGGAUGUCUGCUUCCUUUUGCUGAGAUAUCUGGAACAAUUCCUCAUGGAUAUAGAGAUUCCUCACCACUGUGCAUGGCUGGUGUGCAUGCAGGAGUAGUGUCAAAUGUGUUGGGCGGUCAAAUCAGUGUUGUAAUUAGCAAAGGCAUCCCAUACUAUGAAAGUUCUCUGGCUAACAACGUCACGUCUGUGGUGGGACACUUAUCUACAAGUCUUUUUACAUUUAAGACAAGUGGUUGUUAUGGAACACUGGGGAUGGAAUCAGGUGUGAUUGCUGAUCCUCAAAUAACAGCAUCCUCUGUGCUGGAGUGGACUGACUACACAGGGCAGGAGAACAGCUGGAAACCUGAAAAGGCCAGGCUAAGAAAACCUGGACCUCCUUGGGCUGCUUUUGUCACUGAUGAAUAUCAGUGGUUACAAAUAGAUCUGACUAAGGAAAAGAAGAUAACAGGUAUUACAACCACUGGGUCCACCAUGGUGGAGCACAAUUACUAUGUGUCUGCCUAUAGAAUUCUGUACAGUGAUGAUGGACAGAAAUGGACUGUUUACAGAGAACCUGGUGUGGAACAGGAUAAGAUAUUUCAAGGAAACAAAGAUUAUCACCAGGAUGCACGUAAUAACUUUUUGCCACCAAUUAUUGCGCGUUUUAUUAGAGUGAACCCUACCCAAUGGCAGCAGAAAAUUGCCAUGAAAAUGGAACUGCUUGGAUGUCAAUUUAUUCCUAAAGGCCGUCCUCCAAAGCUUACUCAACCUCCACCUCCUCGGAACAGCAAUGACCUGAAAAACACCACAGCUCCUCCCAAAGUAGCCAAAGGUCGUGCCCCAAAAUUUACUCAACCACUACAACCUCGAAGUAGCAAUGAAUUUCCUGCACAGACAGAGCAAACAACUGCCACUCCUGAUAUCAAAAACACUACUGUGACUCCAAAUGUUACCAAAGAUGUAGCAUUGGCUGCAGUUCUUGUCCCUGUGCUAGUCAUGGUCCUCACUACUCUCAUCCUUAUAUUAGUUUGUGCUUGGCAUUGGAGAAACAGAAAGAAAAAAACUGAAGGCACCUAUGACUUACCUUAUUGGGAUCGAGCAGGUUGGUGGAAAGGAAUGAAGCAGUUUCUCCCUGCCAAAUCAGUGGAACAUGAAGAAACCCCAGUUCGCUACAGCAGUAGUGAAGUUAAUCACUUGAGUCCAAGAGAAGUCACCACAGUGCUUCAAACUAACUCUGCAGAGUAUGCACAGCCACUUGUAGGAGGAAUUGUUGGUACACUUCAUCAGAGAUCUACCUUUAAACCAGAAGAAGGAAAAGAAGCAGGCUGUGCAGAUCUAGAUCCUUACAGCUCUCCUGUGCAAGACGUGUACCAUGCCUAUGCUGAACCUCUCCCCAUCACUGGGCCUGAGUAUGCAACGCCCAUUGUCAUGGACAUGUCAGGGCACCCCACAGCCCCAGCUGGUCUGCCCUCCACGUCCACUUUCAAAGCUACCGGGAACCAACCUCCCCCUCUAGUGGGAACUUAUAAUACACUUCUCUCCAGAACUGACAGCUGCUCUUCAGGCCAGGCCCAGUAUGACACCCCAAAAGGUGGGAAGUCAGGUCCAGCUGCCCCAGAUGAAUUGGUAUACCAGGUGCCACAGAGUACACAGGAAGUAUCAGGAGCAGGAAGGGGUGGGGUCUGAUGUUUUUAAAGGAAUCCUUUGAAGGUGAUGCUGCUUUUUUUACAAAGUGUCGAUUUAAAGCACAUGGCCUUUUUUUUUUUAAUUAUUAGUGUUAGUAAUAUAUAGAAUGUAUUACAUAUCUGUCACUAAAAGUGGUUGGGAAAAUGUGGUGACCAAGGUAGAGGAAACUACUUAUCUUGCCAUCUUGCUUUAAAGGUGUUACUGUGGCACAGUUACUGUUUGUCUGUUAAAUUUCAAACAUCCUGUUUGUUACUACUGUAAAACACUAUUUUAAUACAGAAGAAGCUCACUAUAAUGCACUUCAAAGAAACUCAAAAUCACUGAGAGUAUUUAUUACCAAUGCUGCAGGUACAUUAAUGAACUCAAGAUGAUUCUAUAAGCCUGAUCGGCAAUAAUGCAUGGUACUGUUCUUGAAAUAUCUAAUGGCUUGAAAUUUUCCCUUUGUGAAAGGUAGGUACUAUCAUGCUUUUUAUUCCUAUAUUGCUUUCAAGAUUUUUUUUGAAAAUAAUUAUUGAUAUAAGCAUUGUUCAACUGCAACCAUACACACAACUGUCUUCCCUUAGGAAGAUCCAUAGGUGGGAAACUGACUUAUCAUGAGUUGGGCGAGUGACUUUUCACUU